ACCACCCAACUCAUUUAUUGUUGUCCCUUUCGUGUUUUUUCUUUAAAUAAUGUCCCAAAAGAAUCUUCCACGAAGUUUUCCAAGCUUCCGGCGACGACGGCCACCGUACCCAUCAUCGACCUCAAUACUACUGACGCCUCCUCCACAUCGGAGAUCACUGAAAAGGUCGUCGAAGCAUAGUAGGAUUCUGAAGCGAUGUGCUUCAGAGCCAUGUCUGUGGAGCUCUACGCGCACUUUCAUGGGGUCUAAAGGGGCAGAGUCGCCUUUGUUUGGACCUCAAACUAGCAUCGACGCCUUUGCUUCUUCUCCUUCUUUGUCGGAUUUCGCUUCUCCAAAACAGAGUUUUGAGGGUUACAACAAAGAAGCUAAAGUUGUGAUCAACGUAUGGGUUGAAAGAAGUCCAGGACCAGUCCGAACCAUGGUGAAAUUAGGGGCCAGUGUCGAAGACGCUAUAAAGCUUGUUCUGCACAAGUAUGCUGAUGAAAGGAGAACUCCUAAGCUUGAUUACAGUUUGGGAUUUGAAUUACAUCAUUCUUAUUUUAGCCUUCAAAGUUUGGAUAAGUUACAGUUAAUCGGCGAUGCUAGUUGCAGAACCUUCUAUCUUAGAAAAAAGAGCAGUUUGGACCAUUGCCGCAAUGGAGGAUCCGGUUCUUAUGUUUCAGAAAUUGGUCCAGCAAAAGCCAAAUCCCCGGCCUAUUUUGUUCCGGCUUUCAUGGCUCGAACAGUAGCCAAAAUCGUAAGAGGAAUACGUAGGCUGUGGAAGGUCUUCCUUUGCUUCAGAUAAUACGGGAUUUCAUGACCACCUAUGCUCAUGCUGCUCUAACAAGUGACAAUUAUAACAUAUAUAAUUUUCUCUUGAAAUACUGUUAAAUUGCUAAAUAGUGAUGCAUAAAAGAACUUAAAUGUAAUUUUUUUGAAGAUGAAGUCACGUUAGGGGAAAAUAAAACAGAAGUUAAAGUUGGCAGAAGCUGUAGCCCACGGGUGAAAUUUCCAGUGCUAUUUAUUAUUGAAAUGCAUAACUUCUUUUCACAAUUUAA